AGGCGAAAAGAAAGGAAUAAAAAUCGGUAGGGCCAGAAGAAGGGAAAGGAAGGAAGGUGUGACAGUGUUGUAGUGUGUUCCUUGCAAGUUAUAAUUCUCUCAUCUCUCAACUGCAUUCUUCUAAUCUCUUCUCAAUUUAUUGUGGGACAUGGGGAGCAACGCGAACGCGGUCGUGUGGUGUUUGUUAGUGUCAACCCUCUUGGUUGCUGCGGUGUUCUGUGAACCCGAUGAUGGGCUGCGUAGGAUUGGGCUAAAAAAGAUUAAAUUGGACCCUAACAACAGGCUUGCUGCUCGAAUUGGGUCCAAGGAUGGUUACUCUUUUCGGGCUUCCAUUAGAAAGUUUCAUCUCCAAAACAACUUUGGUGGCACUGAGGAAACUGAUAUUGUUGCGUUAAAGAAUUACUUGGAUGCUCAGUACUACGGUGAAAUAGCCAUUGGAAACUCUCCUCAGAAGUUCACUGUCAUUUUCGACACGGGCAGCUCCAAUUUGUGGGUGCCAUCGUCUAAGUGUACCUUCUCGGUUGCGUGUUACUUUCAUGCCAAGUACAAGUCUAGCAAAUCAAAUACUUAUAGGAAAAAUGGGACUGCUGCUGCAAUUCAAUAUGGUACUGGAGCAAUUUCUGGUUUCUUUAGUUAUGACAAUGUCAGAGUCGGUGACAUAGUUGUAAAGAACCAGGAAUUUAUUGAAGCAACUAGGGAGCCUGGUGUUACAUUUUUGGUGGCCAAGUUUGAUGGUAUACUGGGACUUGGAUUUCAAGAGAUAUCAGUUGGAAAUGCUGUUCCAGUGUGGUAUAAUAUGGUUGAACAAGGUCUCGUUAAGGAGCCAGUAUUUUCAUUUUGGCUCAACCGCAAACCAGAGGAAGAGGAAGGGGGUGAGAUUGUUUUUGGUGGUGUUGAUCCUGCUCACUAUAAGGGAAAGCACACUUAUGCGCCUGUAACAAGAAAAGGAUAUUGGCAGUUUGAUAUGGGAGACGUACUUAUUGGCGGUAAACCCACUGGAUAUUGUGCUGAUGGCUGUUCGGCCAUUGCAGACUCAGGGACUUCUUUAUUGGCAGGUCCAACGACUGUAGUUACUAUGAUAAACCAUGCAAUUGGAGCAUCUGGAGUUAUAAGCAAAGAAUGCAAGACCAUUGUUGCAGAGUAUGGACAAACAAUAUUGGAUUUGCUUUUGGCUGAAACACAGCCAAAGAAGAUCUGUUCCCAAAUUGGAUUGUGCACUUUUGAUGGGACUCGUGGUGUUGAUGCUGGUAUCGAGAGUGUUGUGGAUGAGAAUGAAAGAAAAUCAUCUGGUGGUCUUCACGAUGCUGCUUGUUCUGCAUGUGAGAUGGCAGUUGUUUGGAUGCAGAACCAGCUGAGUCAAAAUCAGACCCAAGAUCGUAUACUAAGCUACGUCAAUCAACUCUGUGAAAAAAUGCCUAGCCCAAUGGGAGAAUCAUCAGUUGACUGUGGGGAUAUCUCUUCAUUGCCUGGCGUGUCCUUUACCAUUGGUGGAAGAACUUUUGACCUUGCCCCACAGGAGUACGUACUCAAGGUUGGUGAAGGUCCUGCGGCUCAGUGCAUUAGUGGCUUUAUUGCUAUAGAUAUUCCACCUCCACGUGGCCCCCUCUGGAUCCUUGGAGAUAUCUUCAUGGGGCGUUAUCACACAGUAUUUGAUUUUGGUAAACUUAGAGUGGGAUUUGCUGAUGCAGCAUAGUGUUCGCGUAUACUUACUAUUGGUUUGUAUGCCCAUGCAAUCAAAAUGGACCUAAAGUUCCUGGAUUGUACAUGUUUAUAUUAAUGUUAUGUUAAUACUUUGGCUAUCCCUACCCAUGGACGGACAAAAUGGCUUCAUAGAUGUAUGUGUCGCUGUGGCCAUAAUUGUGUCCGUAGACUCUUAAGCAUGCUUAAUGAAAGGUUGUAGAUGAGACUUUCUAAUC